CGGCCGGCAGCGUCCCGGCACCAUGAGUUAUCCUCGCCGAGGCUCCCCGCUGAGCCCGGAUCCUAACGGCCGAGGCGGCGGAAGCGCCUGGGAACUGAGUUCCGAGGCGGUUUAUAGCAGCGUGUGCUGCUACGAGCACCUCUCCGGCGGGGACCCGUCGGAUGCCGAGGUGACCUUGGCCCUGCUGGGCGGGGAUCCGGGGCUGCCCCUGGCGCAGGGCUUGGAAGAGCACGGUCGUCACUUGACCCUGGACUCCUGCCUAAGCGACGAGACGUACGACUUUAGCUCGGCAGAGUCGGGUUCCUCCCUGCGCUACUACAGCGAGGGCGACAGCUGCGGCGGCGGUGGCGGGGCCAGCAGCUCCUCGUCUCUGCUCAUCCCCCCGCAGACUCAGCAGUCGUCUCUGCACUCGUCGAUCUCCGGAGGUGCGGUGGCGGCGACUGCAGAUCCGGCGGAGAGGAAGCGAACCCGCCCGGGCUGCCCGGCCUCCCGGCAUCGGUAUGAAGUGGUGGCCGAGCUGGGCCCGGAGGAGGUCCGCUGGUUUUACAAGGAAGAUAAGAAGACCUGGAAGCCCUUCAUUGGCUAUGACUCUCUCCGCAUUGAGCUGGCUUUCCGGAAUCUGAUUCAGGUGACUGACAACAGGCCGCGGGCCUUGCGAGGGGAGCCCGGCCCAGCCUCGAGCUCCGGGGAGGAGGACGAGGACGGAGCCUGUGGCUACUGCCGGAACGCGGCCCUGAGCGAGCCGGAGCUGGAGGAGCUGGUCCACAUCGAACCGGUGUGCGUCCGAGGCGGGCUCUAUGAGGUGGAUGUAGCCCAGGGAGAGUGCUACCCCGUCUACUGGAAUCCCAGGAUCCAUCUUCUCACUGUAUCACCCUUUCCUCAUGGAGAACACAAGGAAAAAAAAAAAGCAUUACACAGAGAAAGUGACAAAAUACCAGUAAUGCGCGGACAAUGGUUCAUUGAUGGUACUUGGCAGCCACUAGAAGAAGAAGAAAGCAAUUUAAUUGAACAAGAACACCUUAAGUGUUUUAAGGGUCAACAGAUGCAAGAAAAUUUUGAUAUUGAAGUGUCAAGACCCAUAGAUGGAAAAGAUGGCAGUGGAAUCAGCUAUGCUGUUGUCUACCACCUCCCUCCCUUCUCCCUCCCUUUGUUCAAAUGGAGAGGAUAUAAGGAGAGUACAGAUGCUGCAUGUCUUAAGCGAAAGCGUUCCCAAGCCAUUCAUAGUUUAAAGUUGAGUCGUAACCAUGUGGAUUGGCAUAGUGUGGAUGAGGUAUAUCUUUACAGUGAUGCAACAACAUCUAAAAUUGCAAGAACAGUAACACAAAAGCUGGGUUUUUCUAAAGCUUCAAGUAGUGGGACCAGACUCCAUCGAGGUUAUGUAGAAGAAGCUACCUUAGAAGACAAGCCCUCACAGACUACUCAUAUUGUAUUUGUUGUGCAUGGCAUUGGGCAGAAAAUGGACCAAGGAAGAAUAAUAAAAAAUACAGCCAUGAUGAGAGAUGCCGCAAGAAAAAUAGAAGAAAAGCACUUUUCUAAUCAUGCAACACAUGUUGAAUUUCUGCCUGUUGAGUGGAGAUCAAAACUUGCUCUUGAUGGAGACACUGUUGAUUCAAUUACUCCUGACAAAGUAAGAGGCUUAAGGGAUAUGUUGAACAGCAGUGCAAUGGACAUAAUGUAUUAUACAAGUCCACUUUAUAGAGAUGAACUAGUUAAAGGUCUUCAGCAGGAGCUAAAUCGAUUAUAUUCGCUUUUCUGUUCUCGGAAUCCAGACUUUGAAGAAAAGGGGGGGAAAGUCUCAAUAGUGUCACAUUCCUUAGGAUGUGUGAUCACUUAUGAUAUAAUGACUGGCUGGAAUCCUGUUCGACUUUAUGAACAGCUGAUGCAGAAGGAAAGUGAGCUACCUGAUGAAAGAUGGAUGAGCUAUGAAGAACGACAUCUCCUAAAUGAAUUUUAUCUAACUAAGCAGCGGUUGAAAGAAAUUGAAGAAAGAUUACAAGGAUUGAAGACAUCAACUGUGACACAAACACCUGCCUUAAAAUUUAAGGUUGAAAAUUUUUUCUGCAUGGGAUCCCCUCUAGCAGUUUUUUUGGCAUUACGUGGCAUCCGUCCAGGAAACAGCGGAAGUCAAGACCACAUUUUGCCUAGAAUCAUAUGUAACCGGUUACUAAAUAUUUUUCAUCCCACAGAUCCAGUUGCUUAUAGAUUAGAACCAUUAAUUUUGAAACACUACAGCAACAUUUCACCUGUCCAGAUCCAUUGGUAUAAUACUACAAAUCCUCUACCUUAUGAACACAUGAAGCCAACUUUUCUCAACCCUGCAAAAGAACCUACCUCAGCAUCAGAGAAUGAAAAUUUGUCAGCAGUAUCAAGCCCAGUGACUUCACCUAUCAUGUCUCGACGGCAUUAUGGGGAAUCUAUAACAAAUAUAGGCAAAGCCAGCAUAUUAGGAGCUGCUAGCAUUGGGAAAGGACUUGGAGGAAUGUUGUUUUCAAGAUUUGGACGUUCUAGUAGUUCAUCUACAUCACAGCCAUCUGAUGCAUCAAAAGAAGUAACAGAAGAAGAAAAAAAGCCCAUCAUCCCACCAAUCAGCACUACAAUGACCAUGCAGACCUUUCCACAUAGCAGUUCUGGCUUUCUUGAUUCUACAUUGGAACUGGAUCACAGGAUUGAUUUUGAACUCAGAGAAGGCCUUGUGGAAAGCCGAUACUGGUCAGCUGUAACAUCACAUACUGCAUAUUGGUCAUCCUUGGAUAUUGCCCUUUUUCUUUUAACUUUCAUGUACAAACAUGAACAAGACAAUGAUGCAAAGCCAAAGUUAGACCCAAUCUGAACUUUUGAAGGAACUUUAAUGGCACAAAAUUGUUGCUUGUUAAAAUUCAGUAUGUUUAAGACA